AUGCCCGUUGGGAUAUUUCCCACGCUGGUGCCCCCGAAGGCUAGUGGUAACACGGAAUUCCAUACCUGGGAGAUCCCCCUGGGCAUCGUCCCUAUCCUCCUAGAAAGCAACACCCGAAAAGGAAUUAAUCUCAUAGUGCUGUUGCGCAGAAUCUGGGCCAUUGUUCUCGGCCAAUGUGUCGAGUCGGACUGGCUAUGCUUCAAGGUGAGAGGAAUGACUGCGGCUUGCUUUGACUUGGAUGAGCUGGUGCAUCAAAGGAUGGCUGCAUCAGCAUGGGGCUUUCACCUACUCUACCUGAUACGGCCCGACCCUACAGACAUUUAUAUCUGCGGUUGA